AUGACUAAACUCAAUAGUUUUGAUGAUACUGAAGAAGUUCGCUAUAAAGUUUUGAAUAGCCAGGAUGCGUCUAGUGUAACUAAAGAAAGUUAUGACCAAAUGAUAGAUUUAUUGAAUAGCAAUAAUAUCAGGGAAAUGUGUCAAUUUUUUGGAUAUGAUGUUGAAAGUAGAAUAUUGAAGACUGAUGAUAAUUAUUUCUUGACUAUCCAAAGAAUUUGCAAACCUGGUUCGACCUCCAGAAGAAACGGCAAGGUAGUCUACUUGCACCAUGGGCUAUUAAUGAGCAGUGAGAUUUGGGUUACAAUGUUGGAUAAAAAUCAGAAUUUACCAUUUUUGCUAUAUGAUUUAGGAUAUGACGUUUGGUUAGGUAAUAACAGAGGUAACAAAUAUUCACAGAAACAUUUAUUUCAUGCAAUAGACUCAGAAAAAUUUUGGGACUUCUCUAUGGACGAAUUCGCCUUAUUCGACAUUCCUAACACUAUUAACUUUAUCUUAGAAGUUACAGGGAAAGAGAAACUUACUUACAUUGGUUUCUCACAAGGUACAGCCCAAGCAUUUGCGAGUGUUUCAAUUAACCCAGAAUUAAAUGACAGGAUUGAUAGAAUAAUUGCAAUUUCUCCAGCUACUACUCCUCAUGGUCUUUAUUCUAAGUUUCUUGAUAUUUUCUUGAAAGCUUCUCCAUCUGUGGUCUUUUUGUUGUUUUCUAGAAAAAUAUUGAUGCCAUCUGUAUUGUUUUGGAGAAGAAUCAUGUACCCUCCUUUAUUUGAUACCUCGAUUGAUGUUUCGAACUAUUUGCUAUUCAAUUGGAAGUCCGAGAACAUAACAAAGCUACAGAAAUUAAGCUCGUAUGCCCACUUGUAUCUGACAACAUCUGUCAAAACGGUUGUGCAUUGGUUCCAAAUCAUAUCCUCCAAGAAUUUUCAGAUGUACCAUGAUUCUAAGGCGUCAGGUAUAUUCCCCAUGUCGUAUCCAUUGAAAACGAUACGUAUACCAAUUCAUCUUAUCUAUGGAACUAUAGAUUCGCUUGUUGAUAUCGAUGUCAUGAAAGGCCAAUUACCUGAGAAAUAUACUACUACUCAACCUGUUCAUGACCACGAACACUUAGAUAAUAUCUGGGGGUACGAUAUAGGCGAAAAGGUCUUCAAAUAUGUUUUGCAGUAUCUCGAAGAGCCAGACAUAUAUGAUGUGCCUUUAAUCGAACAUAAGCCACAAUCUAAUUACUUGUCAACUUCUUCUAAUGACAUGCAAGACUUAGAUGAGGAUGCGGGCAGCAGCACUCUUAUUAGCAACUCUUAUUCAGAAGAGAGGGAAGCGGAUAUAAGUCAUAGAAGACCAUCUACAGGCGGCACUGUAUUUAUAUAG